UUUACAAAAAAAGGAGUUUUAAAAGGUGUUUCUUUGCAAAUUUCCCCAAUAAUUAUUUAUAUUUUUGACUUCUAUAGAUUACACACUCCUCUACAACCAUCCAUCCAUGAAUUAAAAUCUACUCAGAACUCAACUUUCAUCAUUCACCACCAUCACUAUCUCCUCUCCACACAUUUCCAUUGUUCACUUCCAAAAAUAAAUUUUUUUUAAAAAAAGGAAAACACAAUAGUGAAAUUGUGAUAACAUAAGUUAUGGGCUUAGAAUUCUAUUUUGAUGAGGGUUUCUAGAGUCCUAUACAAAUCUCUCUUAACCUACUAAUUGUAUUUUGUAUUCGAUUUUUUUCCCCAUAUAUUAAAAUCUGUUUUCUCUGCCUAGCUAACACAGUAUUACGCUGAAUCUGUGUCUGAUAUUUAUUAUUUUCUGUUUAUCUUUUUUGCGUUUGUUAAAACAGAAACAAUCCCAAAAAUGACAACAACUACUUCAAUUAAGAGGAUACAACUAGGCACUCAAGGCCUUGAAGUUUCAGCUCAAGGUCUAGGUUGUAUGUCAAUGUCUGCUUUUUAUGGGCCUCCUAAACCUCAAGAUGAAAUGAUUCCACUUAUUCAUCAUGCUAUUAGCUCUGGCAUUACCUUUCUUGAUACAUCUGAUGUUUAUGGACCUCAUACCAAUGAAAUUCUUCUUGGCAGUGCAAUGAAAGAUGGAUGGAUGGAAAAAAUGGAAUUGGCUACUAAAUUUGGAGUACAAUUUAUAGAUGGAAAAGUAACAAUCCAUGGUGAUCCUUCAUAUGUAAGGGCUGCUUGUGAGGGAAGCUCCCAUUGAAGUCACGCCUCACCCAUGAGCAAUGACAAAUGAAGAAGCUGAAUUAGCGUAUGGAUCAGGUCAGAUCAACCCAUUAAAGGCCAUAAACUCGGGUCUUGUUUACGAUGCCCAUGUCAAUGAUUAUGUGAAGUUUUUGUGCAGUGAAGGGCUAAACGAGACUUUAAUUAGACUAAUUACAGGUGAAAAUUUGAGUUGUGAAGGAAAUUUAACAAAUUGGGAUCUUAAUUAUCCUUCCAUUGCUUUGUCUACAAGUUUAGGCCAUUUUGACACUAUGUUUAGUUGGGCAGUUACUAAUGUUGGGUCAACAAAUUCUACAUACGAAGCAAUAGUUGGAUUGCCUCAAGGGCAAGCAUUAUCUAUUAAAGAAGAACCAUCUAUUUUGAAAUUUGAUUCUCUUGGACAAAAAGUGUCCUACAAUGUAAGGGUUAGUGGGACUAUUGAUAUGAGGGCUUUAAUGUUAGGUUCUUUGGUGUGGGAUGAUGGUGAACAUCAAGUUAGAAGCCCUAUUGUUGUUUUUAAUUUGUCUUAGAUUUUUGUGAAUGGAUAAUAAAACUAACAACUUUUAUGUGAUUAUAAUAAAUGAUGGAAUAAUCAACAAUAAGUUGAGCAUGUCAAUUGUAAGUUGUUGGCUAAGUGUUAUUGUAAAAGGAUCAAGUUGAGUUGUGUACAUAAUGAUUUGUGGAA